GCCAUUGAAAUCUUCUGGGAAUUAAACUUUCUGUAAUCUGGCUCUUUUCGUUGAACAAGUGUAAGGUCAUCAAUUUUAACAAGUAAUGUUUUUUCAUCUGAACACUUGUAGGUAUAAUAAAGCUGUGUGGUGGUUUGAGAAGACUUUGGCGCACAUCCCAUCCUCCUUAAGUGAAAUGUGGGAACCGACUGUUGUGAAUCUUGCUCAUGCUUACAGAAAGUUGAAAAUGCAUCACGAGGCAAUUUCCUGUUAUGAGAGAGCACUGAAGUUGUCAAAUAGAAGCUUGAGCACCUAUGUAGGUCUUGCUUACACUUACCAUUUGCAGGAUAAUUUUUCUGCUGCCAUUACAUAUUAUCAUAAGGCUUUGUGGCUGAAGCCAGAUGAUCAGUUUUGCACAGAGAUGUUAAGUUUGGCUCUUGUAGAUGAAGGUCGUCAUGGCAUUGAACCCAAAAUUGAAUUUCACUGAACUGAGGUCCAUAUUUAAUGAUUUUGAUAAUAUUAUUUUCCAUCAUGUAAUGUGUAUGUAAUCUAUUAUUCUCAUGCUUGUAACAAUUUUUUUGAUUUUCACUAAAUGAUAAGGGGCCUGGUGCUUGAUUUGUUGAAAUCUCAGAGCUGAGGAGUUGCUGUAAUUUCUAGCCUUGUAUUUAGGGCCAGACUCGAGCUAAAUUAGUUUGGCUUGAGUUAUUGUUUAGCUUGAUUCGAGUUAGAGUUUCAAUUUGAUA